CCCUGGGGCCCCUCCCCGGCUUUUAGGCCGGGCUCCGUCCCCGAGGCCCCGCCAGAGCGAGCCUCCUCCUUCUCCGCUCCUCUCCUCCUUCGCCUUCGCCUUCUCUGGUCGUCCGCCCCGUCGGGUCUCCCUCCGCCGCCGCCGCCGCCGCCAUGGAAGCCAUCAAGAAGAAGAUGCAGAUGCUGAAGCUGGACAAGGAGAACGCCAUCGACCGCGCCGAGCAGGCCGAGGGCGACAAGAAGCAGGCCGAGGACCGCUGCAAGCAGCUGGAAGAGGAGCAGCAGGGUCUGCAGAAGAAGCUGAAGGGCACCGAGGACGAGGUGGAGAAGUACUCGGAGGCCGUCAAGGAGGCCCAGGAGAAGCUGGAGCUGGCCGAGAAGAAGGCCGCCGACGUGAGUAGCCCCGCCGGGGCACCCUCCUCCCCUGGCCUCCCCAGGGGCCCCAGCCCCACAGCCCUCCGGGGAAGGGGCCCCUUCAGACGCCUAGUUAGAGGGCUCUAUGGGGCGGGGAAGGAGGGAGGGAGGGAUGCCAGCCACGCGCGGAGGGCACUUGGCACCCUAUAA